AUGCAGAACGGAGAAGGCGUAGUUCAUGAUACGGUCAAAAUCCAUCCUGGCAGCGUCGAGCGAGUCAUAGCAAGUUGGGAUGGUCGGUGGUGGGAAAGAGGGGAGAUCAAGGGCAUCGUGCAGAUCAUGCCUGGAGUCCAUACAGAGCGAGAACUGGACGCGCAGCCGCUGAAGAACAAGGGUGAUCUUGUCAUUCACCAGUUCCAUGGUUGGCUUGGAGAAGUGUCUGAGCUUGUCGUAGCUACUGGUAAAAGACCUCCACCAGUUGAUCAGCCUGAACCCAGCGAGAAGAUGUGUGAGGCAGGUAGCGAUCAUUACCAGGUCCGGACGAGUGGUCAUAUCAGGUUGCUCGACUCUCAGAAUCUUGAUUGCCGCGUUGUAGUGCUUCAGCGCAACGACCUGCGCCUUGUCGAUGGCCUGUUUGGGAUUCUUGGAACAAGGGUACAGCAAAUGUUCUGUAGGCUCAAGACUACGAUGAAGGGAUGCGAGGGAUAUGAUGGCAUGUUUGACGGGUGCUUCUGCAUGACCAAGUUGCAGGAUGAGGGGAAUCCAAUCCUGUGCGUCUUGCUGCCCGAAUAUCUUGCGGAUGGUUCUAGCUUGGAAGUAGAGGAAACCUCGGCGCUCCUCAUCGUCGACAAGAUUUGUUGCAGAAGGCGCUGA